GUAAAGCAGAAAGAAAAAUUUUCGGUGGCGCCUGAUAUUUCCAAAGCAUGCUGCUUUUACGAAAGACUAGCACGACGAAAACUAUCGAAGAUUCGUGAUCGAAUACGAUUAUAAAUAAUGUUUCAUCCUAAAUAAGUGUAUAUAAAUAUUGCAAUGAUAACUAGCUAAAUUACAUUAGACUUUAUUUCAUGUAAAGCACGUGAAGUAAGACGUUUAAUUGGGAGCAUUUUUGAAGAUAUCUCGAAGCAAGCAGUUUCUUAUAUUAUUUAAAUGAAAUUUGCCCUAGGACUUGAAUGUCAUUGGCCGUGUGCGAAGCUGAUCGUUCCCAAAAUGUGGAUUACGGACAAAUACCACGAUCGGAAUGAAAGAGCGUUGCGGCUUAGGUUUUGCAGGAGUACUCCUGCUGAUGCUCACAGGUGGAAGUAGCGAUGCGCACAAUGUGCAGCGUUCUUCAGAAGACGUUCAUAACAGCUACAGUUCUAGUGAGACCUUUGACCUACGUGAAAGCAGAGACGCGGCCAGUGAUCUCGGACCUUUGAGCGGUCUGGGAGCGCGCGGCGGCGGCGCGCCACACGUGUGGUCGGAGCGCGGACCCGGUCCAGGGGGGUGGUCGGCCAACAGCCAGGGGGACAUCAGCAAGCACAUGGUCAUCGACGUGAGCAGCGCGGACACAUCUGUUGAUAACCAGGUGAAACCGAGUCCUGCCCGACCUCCCAAUCCACCAGUCGAAACCGUGCUGGGAUUCGAAACGAGCGGCGAACAGGUGCCAGGGAAGGUGGGAGGCCCUCGGAACGAUGCCCAAGUGCCCAGUGGACAGACUUCCUUCGGCUCUGGACAGCAGCUCGAUAACGGAGGCAAACAGACCGGCCAACCGGGCCAGGUUGGCCGUGAAGAUAUCUCCAUUGAGGUGGAUACUGACCCUGGAUCUGCACUCCCGUCAUCACACGGUCAGAGUGCGUUUCAGACCAGACCAGAUCAACCAAGGGCUCGGGCUGUGGCCAGGCAAUCAGGCCGUUUGUUAGGUGACCCUGCAAAGUCACCCAGACAGCUCAGCCGACCGAUGAUGACCAGACAAGGAGCCGGGGCCGGUGAUGCCCGUCCGCGAGACUCCAUCAGUCUGACGGCUGAGGUUGCAGACGGACCGGACCGGGGCGGCCAGGCUGCGGGAGCUGCCACAGCCCCGGGCGGGCCCGUCUCCAGCGAACAGCUACAGCAGCGCGCCCACUCCCAGCAGUGGCUGCCAGAGGCAAUCCCCGGCCAGGCUGGAGUCGAUUACCCGACCUUGAACGUCCUUCCUCAGUCCAGUUUUGACUGCGGCGGCCAGGAGGCAGACGGCUUCUACGCUGACACAUCGGACGAAGCCAGGUGUCAGGCCUUCUGGGUUUGCCACAACGACCAAAAGGAUGGUUUUCUGUGUCCUAACGGCACCGUCUUCAAUCAGCGCUACUUUGCGUGCGACUGGUGGUUCAAUGUGCGCUGCCAGGACUCGCCGCAGUAUUACCAGCUAAACAGGAACAUCGCAGUGCUAGGCACGCCGGUCCAUGGUCGGCCCGACACCCCGCCAUCUCCGGAGACCAGCGUGCAUCCGGUACUGACGCUGCUCCAAGACAUUCUGCAAUAUCCACGAGUUCCUCCAAUUCCUCCGCCCAGCUCCCCGGCAGCUUCUGAGGAAAAUCCACCGAUCCACUCGGCCGCCCAGCCGGCCCUUCCCAGUCGUAACCAGUACUCUGACGACGAGUUCCACGCGCCGGACAGGGCGUCUGUGCACGUGGCCGGAGGCGUUCCCGGGACUCCGCCAGCAGAGGGGCGCGCUGGUAAUCUUAUGUCCAAAGGGGCAUCCCAGGAGACAAUCAGCUCGACUAUGAGGCUUUCGGAGAACAAGAGAGGCAUAGCAAGGAGGCACGUUAAAAGGCAUGUCAAACGUACACCCGAGAAACAACAUCGGGCAAUAAUGAAACGCCGCAGGCCGACUCGCGUUCGAGCACGCAAGGUGCGUGGCUAUGACAUGGUUCAUGAAGCUGAGGAAGCAGAACGUGCGGCGUCUGCUCUGUCCGCCAGAAUACCUCAGAUGGAACAGUCGGCCAUGUCUCAGCUGAAGAAGCGCACCCCCGAACCGUCGUCUGGCGCCGCGUUCACGUCUGUUCAGGAGGGUGCCAUGCCGGACAAACCGCAGAGCCUGCUGUCGGGCCGAUCGGGACCGCUGCUCCAAACCGUUGAUAAGGUGGCAUUUCCAAUGGACGCCAAGGGUCCAGACUUCCCAAAAGUAGAAGAGGACUUCAAUAUCCAGGAAACAAGCGGCAUUCGUAAAAGCACAUCAAUUAAAAGUGUUUUGCCCUCUCAUCUUGAUAUACCACAACCGGGCGCAGUGAAUGUGAUGGCUGCCAGCGGUAGCCAACAAAAUGCUGAUGUCAACUCCCAAAGUGGCGUAGGAAAUCAAGCUUCUAUCACUGAUUUGUCUGACGAUGAUACUGGUGUAUCCAAAAACUUUGCGGGCAUAUCAUUGACCGAAGAUGUGCAGCUUGAUAAGGAUGCACAUGCACAGGUCCCCGGUGUUAUUUCCGACGCCGAAACAGUAUCUGGGAGUUAUGGCCCAGGUCACGGCGUAUCAUUAGUGGAAGACGUUGAGUUUGAUAAGAAGGAAAGCGUCCCAGCCCCUGCAUCUCCUGCGGCUCCUCAAUCGAAACCCGGUCCCAACGGCAUGUCUGUGCUUGAAUCUGUAGCUGGAGAUAACGGACAUGGGCCAGGUGUAUCAGUACAAGAGAAUGUGCAAGUUGACCAAAAACGAGACGUUUCCGCUGCGGUUGGUCCACCAGAUGCCUCCAGUCCCGGCAUGCCUGCUCCUCAGCAAACCCCGGGUAACCCUGCUGCCGGCCCGGCGGCCGGCGGCGGGCCCGGCAUGACUAUGACAGAAGACGUGGCGGUUAGUCGUCCAACGUCUAAUGAAAAUACGGUUGCAGGAGUAGGCGAUCCAAUGUCUGGAGACAAUAUGCGCAGCCCAGGCGUAUCACUCACAGAAAACGUACAGAUAGGUCACAAAGGUAACAGUCCGCCAAAUGGUCCAAGCUCAAAUGCUCAACCGGUAUCGGGGAACCCAGCUGGAGGACAGGCAAUGACCGGUGGCGCGGGGUCUGUUGGGGGAGCCGAGCCGGCGAACGGUGGCCGUCCACCAAAUGUUGACCAGAUGGCCGUGGAUGGGUUCCUUAGUGACCAGACCGCAGUUAGGACUCCGCCGCCGGCGCCACCCCCUGGACCCGGCAUACGAAGUGAAGAGAGCGUUCAAGUCGACUUCGACGAAAAAUCACAAAAUAAACAACAGGAAGACAUGUCAGCUCAGAUACCGCAGAUACCUAGCAAUCAGCCGCCGGGACAAGCUCCUAAGUCACCCAAUGAGGCAGCAGCCGCUGGCGAAUCUUCAGAACAACAGCCUGCCGUGGGCUCGAAUGCCGGCCGCGACUCGGCUUCAGAACCACGUCGUCAAGGGGAUAAUGAAGACGGGAUUAAAGUAUCGCCAAAAGCUGAGCAGGUUCUUGAAGAGCAAUCAAAUGUUAAAAUAUUGAUUCCAUAUGAUGGCCAAGAGGAAGCUGGGUAUGUCCCCAGUGGAUCUAUCACUGCAGCUGAUGACCACAUGGGCAAUCUCGGCAUUGGAAAUCAAGUGAAUACGGGCAUUGCAUUAGGCAAUGCCGGAGCACACAACACACCUCAGGACCAGCAAGCUGGUCAGCAAAUACAAGAUAAACCACCUCAGUCUCAAUCACAGAGUCAGUCGCAAAAUCCGACGCAGAAUAGUCCGCAAAGCCCUUCUCAAAGCAGUCAAUAUCAGACGCAGGGCCGGCCGCAGGAUCUUUCUGCGGCCUCCGCGGGACAGAUCUCAAAUCAGCCACGAAGCCAGCUUCAAAGUCAGCAGCGGGGGCAGCGGAUGCAAAGUGAUAUAACAGAUUCAUUUAGUGGAGGGCUAACGUCAGGUCCCACCAGUGUCAGCAGCGGACCGGCGCAGCCAGGAAAGGGGAAGGAGAAUGUCAAGAUAGCGGAAGACGUUUCUGUGCGUCGGGAUCCAGCUGGUGGGCUGGGCUCCGGCGUUCCGUCAGCGGGCGUGCCACGGCCGGGAUACCAGCACGCAGGAGAUGCACACAUGAACGCCUCGGCCAUGACUAUCCCGAAAAAGGAGGGCUCGUCAAAAAUUCUCGAGGAACUGGACGCUAGAUCGCAGUUUGCGAGUAACGUGGGAGAUGAACCUGGAACAGUGAAGACCCAUGUCCAGAUGAUGGAGGAAAAACUGGGUGACCAGCCAGGAAUCUCAGACUUGUUAGAUGACCCUUCAGCUCUGAAGCGAGAGAUGCCUUCAGAAAACGUCAAAGCCUUGCAGCAACAACAGACACCACCACCACCGCCACAAGGCGAAAUAAUUCCUGGCAGACAAAACGUACAAAUUACUUCAGAGUCUGUAAGCAGGAUCAUCAAGAACCCCUCUCGGCACCGAAGUGCAAUUAAAGAUCCAUCCGGACUUGAUCUCCCUGAGCUGUUAAGGCCACCAGGAUUUGGUACAAACUAUUCUCCGUUUAAAGCUUACCCCACAAUGCGCACGGUGAAGCCUGCAAGUCCGGCCACACCGCAGCCAUCAGUAGCUCGACUCGCUGGGAGCAUCGAUAUGAAGUCAGGCAAUAACCCUGCUGGUGCGCCUUCAAAUCCUCGCACCUUGACAGCCGGGAUCUCCGAAAAACAGGUCGUUCCCAGCAACGGUGGUAUUAGCGGAGCGAGUCCAGCGGCAAGCCUGCAACGGCCCGAACGUGGGGACCUGUCAACCAAGCUAUCAGAUACACUGAAAAUGGUUGAUAAUAUUCUGGGUCCUCCUCCCUUCAAGUCGAAAAGAAAUCUACAGCCCAAGCUUCAGCGGGCCGCCUACCUGGACUCGAUGGAGACUGGUCACCCGAGUGCCGUGACAGGUCGCGGUCAAAAGAGGGCAUCCGACGGGGACUUGCAGGACGGCAACAUGGGAAUCAACCUGACCGUGCUGAUCAAUGAGCAGCCGGAGGACCCGGCGGGCCAGACCGGAGCGUCCGUCGCAGCCUCGGCGGGCCCACAAACCGUCAAAGAAAAGGAAAAAAUUGAGAUAUUCGAUUCAUUGAAAGGCAUGGCUUCCAAAAAAGCAAAAGGAGAGAAACGGAAGAAACACAAACUAAAACAAACAGCGGAAGAGACUGAAAUCAAGGAUAUCAUCGAAGUAAAGACCCCUGGAGACGAUGACGAUUCUGACAAAACCUAUGAUUACGACAUUUCUGACCUACCUUCCUGGAUGAAGAAGGCGGUAAGAAAACAUGUCAAGUCGCCGCAUGCAUACCGGUAGCGGUUAUUGUUGAAUCCGAACGCGUAAAUGCGGAUUUAUUGCCUUGUCCAUUGAUCAAUUCAUGGAUGUAGAGAUGAAUCGAAUGAACUGUCAUGGUGAUACAUGAUGCAAUCGGCUACAAUCGGUGUCACGAUUCAAAUCUCAUCUAGAACUUCGUCAUAUUUGAACUGCAUGUCAUCUCUUCUUACAUGAAACUGUUAUCAUGUGUGCCACUGCUAUUGCCACCUUCCGACCGUUGUGUGUCAGUUCACCGUAACUGAAUGAGCGAUUCACAGGAGUCACUAGGCAUAUGUGUCGUGCUGCUUCGUUUAUGCAAUAAAUGAAAUGCUACCACCAUA